AUGACAGAGAUCAAACCCUCGGAAGGAGCAGCGGCACUAUUACCGCAUGCCGGAACAGCAACAGAGGCCGCCACCACUAAACCUGCUACCGCCAUUUCCACCUCAAGCGUUGACAUCCUGGUUCUAGGCGCUGGGUGGCUUUCCCAAUUCCUCCUACCACUACUGAAGUCCCGCGACAUCAGCUAUGCCGCAACAAGCACAACAGGACGCGACGACACCAUCCCCUUCAAAUUCGACCCAAACUCUGAGGACCUCGAGCAAUAUCGCCGCCUGCCCAAUGCAACUACAAUUCUGAUCACAUUCCCACUAGUCGCCUCUUCUCGAGCAGCCCGUAAAGCAGCCAUGGCAGCGGCCGCCGGAACCGACAAAGCCGCAACUCAAGCACAAACGCCAACAGCACCAUCACAACAACCCCUACCACCUUCUUCCAGCAGCCCCGAAUCAAAAGCAGCACCCCACCUCCUCAACUCCUACCGCCUCACGCACCCCUCCAUCCCGCAACCACACUACAUCCUCCUCGGCUCCACCGGCGAAUGGACGACACCCGGCUGGCACGACCGGCACUCAAACCCACACUCCCCAACGUCUUCGUCUCUUCCAUCGGCUCGGUGGACAUCCGAGUCCUCCCUCCUCUCCCUCGGCGGCACGGUCCUGCAUCUCGCGGGCCUCUUCGGCGACGUCCACCGCACCUCGCGGAUCUGGGAGCUCGCUGUGCCGCGGACGAAGGAGGGAGUGAAGGGUAAGGGAGGCGUGCAUUUUAUCCAUGGUGGAGAUGUUGCGAGGGCGGUGGUGGCGGUACAUUUGAGUGGGAGGGAGGAGGGGGUGUGGGAGAAGAAUGGGAAGGGGCAGAGGUGGAUUGUGACGGAUGGGAGGGUAUAUGAUUGGUGGGGUUUGGUUUGGGAGGCUGCUGGGGAGUUGGAUGGGCGGUUUGAUGGGGAUGUCGUAGACGGAGACGAUGGAGGUCGGGACGUGGUGGGAAAGGGGGAAGAUACGUACAGACAAUGGCUACUGGAGAGCAUGCGGGAAGAGGGCGUCAGGGGUCUGCCACGAGAAGGCGAGAAACUGGGCAGAAGGAUGGACUCGAGGGAGUUCUGGGAGACUUGGGGACUUGUGCCGAUAGAGAAGGGCUUCGCAUGGCCUGCCGCGAAAGAGAGCUCAAAAGAGGAUGUGAGAUUAUGA